UUGUCGCCGAGGCAGCUGAUUAGUCGCGGGCCUUCUCAUAUAUAUCCAUAUCGCUGCUUGAAACUUGUUUCCUUGUGCGAGCAUGAUGUGAUGAUACGCCAGAGCUCAGCACGCAUUGUGUUACAAACGCUUUUCUCCUACUGGCGUCGUCAUGCUCUAUUUUUGUUCUGUGCAACGUGGGCGGACCAUAGCGCGAUGAUCUAUUUUUUGCUUGGUAUUGAUUGCCGUCGAAAGAUGUUAGAUGUUACUCGGAGUACGAGAGCCUUACUUUCGAUGCGAAGACUGAGCGAACUUGACGCUCGUCUUGCUUGCAAAGUGAGCUGCGUGGUAGGGCCGGUGGUGGCUCUGAGUUAUUAUCCGCCUGUGGUUGCGUGAGAGUGGGCAAGCGGUGGUUGUGGGGUGUGCGCAGCAGGCUACCCUUACUUUUGAAAUCCCACAUGAUGUUGCGUUGGUGCGACGUCCUAUAUAUUCGCGAUGAUGUACGGCAUGCCACUACCGUUUCUUUUUGCCAUUUCGCCAGCACAGAGUCGCUGCUCGACGCCGACAGCUGCGCUUU